CUCGCCCCGCCCCGCCCGCCGCUCUCCUCCGCGCCGCCGCCCGCCGCCGUCUACUCCUCUCCCGCGCCGCCGGCCGCCGUGUUCCAUCCUUUCCCCGGCGCCACAAGCUUCCGGCCCCUAGAUAGCCCGCGAAGCCAAGCUGCCGGCCCCUCGCUCGCCCGCGCAGACGGCCGAGAUGGUGGCAGCGGUGGCGCCGGAGUGGGCCACCAAGGAGCCCUGCCUCAUGGGAAUCGACGAGGCUGGGCGCGGCCCCGUUCUCGGUCCAAUGGUGUAUGGCUGCAUGUACUGCGCUCGUUCCUACCAAGACACUCUUGCAACCCUUAAAUUUGCAGAUUCGAAGACCUUGAAGGAAGAACAAAGGGAGGAGCUGUUUGAAAGUCUAAAAGACAAUAGUUCAAUUGGGUGGGAAGUGGAUGUCAUAUGCCCAAAGGAGCUAUCUGCUAAAAUGUUAAAAAGAUCGAAAGUUAACCUGAAUGAAAUAUCUCAUAACUCUGCAAUGGGUCUGGUCAAAAGAGCUCUUGACAUGGGAGUUCUACUAGCAGAGGUCUACAUUGAUACGGUUGGAGAUGCGGAGAAGUACAGGAUCAAAUUGACUGAAAAGUUCCCAGGCAUCAAAUUUGUGGUUGCCAAGAAGGCUGAUAGCCUUUUCCCAGUUGUUAGUGGAGCAAGUAUAGUUUCGAAGGUUACCAGAGACAGAGCCUUGAGAAACUGGGUAUUUGAUGAAACGGCUCAGAAUAUGCACAUGAACACUGGGUCUGGUUAUCCAGGAGAUCCUUCCACUAAACAAUGGUUAGAAGAUCACAAACAUCCGAUAUUUGGAUUCCCGUCUUUGGUUCGUUUUAGCUGGGGAACUUGCACGCCCUUCUUCAAUGACGCAAUUGAAGUUACCUGGGAGUCCAAUGAACUUGAAGAAGAUGCAGGUAGCAACGGUAGUGUUAAGAGACAGGUCAAGCUAUCAAGCUUAGGCUUUACUGGAUUCAAAAGGAAGUCUGAGGAGAUCGACUCAAGUGGGAAAGGCCGUUGCAAGUUCUUCCAGGCUCGCAAACUUGAACUUGUCAGGAAGUUUCAGUGAUGCGUAUCAGCUUCGUUGUCUGUACUACUAACUUUAAGUCAGAGUAGAAGGCUCUUAUGGGGUUAUGGCUUGUAUUUCAGCUGUGACACUUGUGAGUUCAGUAUAAUGAAGGCUCUUAUGGUGAUAUUGUAUUUCAGCUAUGAACUUGUGGGUUCAGUAAAAUUCUGAAUCGAGCAUUUGAAGUGUUUUUCAGACAUUUAUUUGAACUGCUCCAAAGUUAAUAGAAUUAUGUUAGAUUGAUUCUAUGCA